CUGCCGUCCACUGGUUUCGCCAUUUUGGUGGUCAUAUACCUGUUGACAGGAGUGGCCCUAUCGUUGAUCGUGUUUUUCGUGGGCGCCAUCAAAGAAAAUGCGCUGGAAGUGACGUCCGGCAUCGCAAACAUACUGCCCGUGUAUGCCAUGGGUCACGGCAUAGAGAAGCUGUACAAACUGGGCUCAUUCCAGGCCGCGUGCAAACAGAUGUCUCCCGAGCACCUGGAGAGACGGUGUCAGGACAUUGAUUCCAAAGGGGGCACCAAGAGUGAAUACUACGGUUGCUGUGUGAGUGUGUGUCAACCCAAACACCAGUGUUACGAUGACUUCAAUGCUUUCCAAUGGGAUAUCAAUUAUGGGAUAAGCAUUGAACUGACAUACCUCAUAGUUACCGGUGCUGUAUAUGUGUUUAUACUAUGGCUUAUUGAAGGCAAUUGGGAACGACUGACAUACAUGUUUAGCACACAAAAAGUACAGACAUCUGAUAAUGGGUUGGCCUAUAUGGGAACCAAUGUUCAGCAAAAUGUUGCCAUAAAUAUGGGCACAGGAGUAGCACUGAACCCAUGGAUGAGAUCCAUAUCAGUGCAGGAGAUGGAGGACUCGGAUGUGACCGCAGAGAAGAAUAGGAUCGAAGGGUUAGUCAACACUCAUAGCGUUAACAGCGAAGCACUGGUAGUCAGGAAUUUGGCGAAAACUUUCGGAAAAGUAAUACCCAUUCAAGCGGUGAAUGGACUGAGUUUUGGUGUCCAUCCGGAGGAGUGCUUUGGUUUGUUGGGAGUGAACGGCGCCGGAAAGACAACCACUUUUCGUAUGCUUACCGGCGAUGAGACG